AUGGGGGGAGCCAUUUCUAAAAUUGUCUUCCAGCCCCCCAGGUACCCUGGGGGCCCCCCGGGGGGCCCCCCGGGGGCCCCUGACCUUAUUGCCUUGAAGACAAAAAGUGGGGAGACUAUUCACGCAAUUCACAUCAAAAGCGGAGGCUCGUUGACCCUUUUGUAUUCCCACGGAAAUGCUGAAGACAUUUUAAUGGCUUUUAGUUUUUUCAAAAGUGUUUCUUCGGCGCUCCAAGUUGACUUGCUGCUUUACGAAUACGUCGGGUCUGGCCCGAGCGUGCACCUGUGCGCGCGGGAGCGCGUGGGGGGUUUGAUCCUGCAGUCAGCUCUGCUGUCUGUACACCGCGUGGCUUUGCGUCUGAGGUUUUCUUUGCCUUUUGAUUUAUUCAAAAAUAUAAAUAAAAUAAAAAAAGUCUUUUGUCCAGUCUUUUGCAUUCACGGCACCAACGACGAGGUCGUCCCCCUUUACCACGGCAUCGAGCUGUACAAGAGGGCCCCCUUGACUGUCAGCCCCAUGUGGGUGGAGGGCGCUGGGCAUAACAAUUUGGAAAUAGUGGCAGGAGAUUUAUUUUUUGUGGCUUUGUCUCGCUUCCUGCGGCUGGUGCAGCAGCAGCAGCAGCAGCAGCAGCUGCAGCAGCAGCUGCAGCAGCAGCAGCAGCAGGAAGAGCAGCAGCAGCCAGUUGCGGCGGUUGUCGCGGCCGCCGAGGGCGCCUGA